AUGUCGCUUACAGUACUGUCUGAAUCCGACGUCCGCACACUUCUUUUGCAAUUGACGAAGCAGGACAUACUAGACUUGCAGCAAAGCCUCGCAGAUGCACUGCAUCACUAUUCAACAAGUACCGAAGAAGAAAGUGACAAUGGGUGCUGUGAGAGUUACCAGUCUGCCGGGACGACUUUGAGAAGUAAGGAUGGAGGAACGAUGACGGUUACGCCGGCUAGUAGCAACGACGGCCUCGGAGUCAAGAUUACAACACAUCUGAGCGAUAGUAGCAAGGCCUCAAGGUUGUCUGACACUGAGUCGAUAACUUCUUCCCUGGGUUCAGUCACAAUAUCUCAGAAUUCUACAGCAUCAACCAAGAGUUUGGACACCACGACAUCGCCUCGUCACCUACUGUCACUUACUUCCUCGACUACGCAACAUGGCAGUCUUACCUUAUUCGACAACUCCGGCAAGCUGCGCGCUCUUCUCAACACCUCUGAAGUAACAGCUUUCCGCACUGCGCUCGCAAGUACCAUGCUGUUUAAGAAACGGCGCAAUGUACAUGACGUGGUUGUCUUUGGAGCCGGGCGACAAGCUUACUGGCAUAUACGCCUGGCGCUCUUACUUCGAGGCGAAGAAAUUCAUCAUCUAAACAUCAUCAACCGCGAUUUCGAGCGCGUGCAUCAACUACUCGAGACACUAUACAACCCGCACGAAGCGCCCAAAGGAUUCAAUCCAGAUCCUCAGCAUAUUCCCGCGUACAGACAAUCAGCUCCAUCGCAGACUGAAGUCCUCCACAGGCCAAAGAUACAAAUCCUGACUCCCUCGCAUGGCGAGUACAAUCGCUACCUACACGAUACGCUUCGCUCGAGCAGCUGUAUCUUUCUCUGCACGCCCUCCGCAAUACCACUCUUCCCAGCAGCCAUUCUGACCAACCCCGAAGGCCGUAAGAAAGGCCGCUACAUAGCAGCCAUUGGCUCAGUUUCCCCCUCAAUGAUAGAACUGCAUCCAGACGUUGUGCGCCAGAACGUCGCGCCUGAGCACGGCCACCGCCAUUUCCACAAGCAUGCCCAGCAAGGGGGUGCGAUUGUGGUAGACAGCGUAGACAGGUGUCUGAAAGAAGCCGGUGAAGUCGUGCAAGCUGGCCUGGGCCCCGAGCAAGUUGUUGAAAUCGGAGAGCUAGUCAUGUUGAAGCGGGAUGCAGAGAGGAGACGCAUCGAGUGUAUGGCUAGUAAGAAGAUGGAAGAUGAAGGCCUCGACGUGGAUGGUGUCGAGCUGGGCGAGUGCGAGGCGGCGAAGAAGAAGAGACGAGGUGGGAAUGGGAAAGAGAAGGAUAAACACCACGAGAGUGAGGACAAGGCGCAUGAAAGGCUGAUAGAGUGGUUAGUCAAGGGUAACGUAAUAUACAAAAGCGUAGGAUUGGGCCUGAUGGAUGUCGUGGUCGGUGGGGAGCUGGUCAAUCUGGCGAAUGCACGAAACAUCGGUACCAGGAUCGAUAACUUUUAG